UUACACACCUACUAUUGAACUGCAAGGGGAUUUAUGGUUUAGAAUAAAUGCCUCUAACAAAUUUGGAAGUACUACAUCAGAUGUUAUAUAUUGCAGUGCAGUUAAAAAAGUCACUGUUUCUUCGGAUAAUCUUCCAAUAAUUGCUGGGGCAGCUACAGGCGGACUGAUUUUUGCUGGUUUGGUUAUUCUAGGGAUUGUAUUUUUUCUGCGAACAAUGAAAGAAUCAAAAGGAAAAAAGAAAAAUCUCCAUCAAAGUGAUACAAUUCUGACGGAAGAAAGGGAAUCUGAUGAAGGUAUUUAUACUUACUAAAUUUCCUUAUUUUGAACUCAUCUGUAAUAAAA